UUCAAUAAUUCUAUCGACCGCAUAAAAAAAUUAGAUCCUAACAAUGAUAAGCAAGUUCAUCAUCGCUGUAUAGUAUCAUUUCAGUUUUUUUAUGUGAAUCACGCAAUUUCAUUGAGUUGGGCAUAACUUUUUCCCGAUAAAUCCACGACUUGAAUUACAAUAGCAUUCGUCCUCGUUGUAAAGUUUCGAUUGCCAAGAAGCCAACUCUACGAAUCGGCCUUCUCUAGUUUAAAAAUUAAACACGCAAUGCGUCAAUGUACUUGAGAUUCACGAGGCUUAAAAGUAAAAUUCUACGGUAAAAUUCAUCAGUCUGUAGUUGCAGUUGUCACAAGCUUGAUUGUUCUCCGAGACUUGGAAAAAGUAAGCAGCUCAGAAUAUAUCAUUCAUGAAGAUAUUUAUAUAAUCUUACCGAUAUUUCCUUUAAACAAUCAUAUCAUAAAAAGCAAUAUAAGUUGAUUGCAAUUACAAAAAAAAUUUCAAUUUUCGCACACAGAGGGUUAUUGCGUUUACGAUCAACGCCAUAAACGCUCGUCCACGACGUAUAAAAUCGAUGCAUCGAGUUUGAUCAUCUUUCUUGCUCUGUCCCACGAUGAAUCGGUUACUCGUGCAGUUAGUGAGUGUUAUCGUGACUAUCAGUGCAUCGGUCUUUGCAAGAGCUAAUUUACCGUAUCGCGAUCUCUAUGGGUUCACUGAAAAAAACGCACCGUUUUCAGACGCUUUGUUUCAACUGUCCAUCGGUGCGAUGAAUUUCCUGUACGAAGGUGACCAAAAUUUGAACAGUGAACUGGCAGACACUACCCCUAGAAACGACGAGGAGUACGAUUUCAUCGUCAUCGGCGCCGGCAGUGCGGGGGCUACCAUAGCUGCGAGGCUAAGCGAAAUAGAAGACGUCACGGUCCUUCUGAUCGAGGCUGGUCGUCAGGAAAAUCUGCUGAUGGAUAUACCGAUCAUCGUCAACUAUCUCCAGCUCAGCAACGAUCUGAAUUGGAAGUAUCAAACCGAACCGUCCGAUGACUAUUGCCGAGGUAUGUCGGGUCGUAAGUGCAACUGGCCGAGAGGAAAAGUCAUGGGAGGAAGCAGUGUUUUGAAUUACCUUAUCGCGACCAGAGGACAUUCGUUGGAUUACGAUAACUGGGCUGCGAUGGGCAACGAGGGAUGGUCUUACAAGGACGUGUUGCCGUAUUUCAAAAAACUCGAAAAUAUUGCAAUAGAAAGACUGAGGAUCAACGAAGAGAUGCACAGCACCGAUGGACCCGUUCACAUUUCUCAUCCACCUUAUCACACGCCAUUGGCAGAGGGCUUUCUCAAAGCAGGUAUAGAACUGGGAUACCCUGUGGUCGAUUACAACGCUUACAAUCAGAGCGUCGGAUUUUCUUACAUACAGAGCACCAUGAAAAACGGCAUGAGGAUGAGCACGAACAGAGCUUAUCUGUAUCCCGCAAACAACAGGAAGAACCUGUUCGUAACGAAGCUGAGUCACGUCGACAGGAUACUCAUAAAUUCCGAGACGAAAACGGCCUACGGUGUGGAGUUCACGAAAUUGGGCAAGAAGAUUCGCGCGAUAGCCAGAAAAGAGAUCAUCUUAUCCGCUGGUUCUGUCGGUUCGGCACAACUCUUGAUGCUCUCUGGCAUCGGCCCAUCUGAACACUUGAAAGAAAUGAAGAUCGACGUCGUUCAAGAUGCUCCGGUUGGAGAAAAUCUCAUGGAUCAUAUUGCCUACGGUGGCCUGGUAUUUUUGGUCGAUCAACCUGUCGGUAUCGUUACGGAGGACAUGGUCAACUUCGCCAAGCCCUAUUUAACCGAUUAUCUGAUCAGGAAAACUGGCCCCUUCACUAUUCCAGGUGGCUGCGAAGCCUUGGCUUUUAUCGACGUGGAUAAGCCAACGAAACUGGACGUGUUUCCGAACAUUGAAUUGCUGUUCAUCGGAGCUUCGAUCGUCUCGGACUCUGUGAUCCACGAAAACAUGGGCAUCUCCAAUGAGUACUGGAAUAAAAUGUACUCGAACAUCUCGGGACACUACUCGUGGACUAUUUUCCCGAUGCUCAUGCGGCCGAAAAGUCGAGGAAAAAUUUUACUGCGAAGCAACGAUUCCAACGAAAAACCAAAAAUUUUCGCUGGCUAUUUGCAAGAUCCAGAAGACGUCAGGAUAAUGGUGAAAGGAAUCAGAUCAGCGAAAGAAGUCAGCCGAACGAGGGCUAUGCGAAGAUUCAAGUCGCAACUUCACGAAGUUCCUGUGCCCGGAUGCGAAGAUCGGCAGUACGAUUCGGACGAAUAUUGGGAGUGCGCUUUGAGAACUUUUACUGUCACGAUAUACCAUCAUUCUGGGACUUGUAAAAUGGCCCCGGAUAACGAUCCGACGGGUGUCAUCAAUCCAAGAUUACAGGUCAAAGGUAUUCAAGGAUUACGAGUAGCAGAUGCUUCAAUAAUGCCUAUGAUCAUUACCGGGCAUACGAACAUUCCAGUAAUUAUGAUUGGGGAAAAACUUGCCGAUAUCAUUAAAGAAGACUGGGGUUAUAAGGUGGAGGUCUAACGUCAGUCAGUAGUAUUGUAUAUAUAAGUAAAAAAAUAAAAAAAUGUUUUAUAUAUGUUUUUGUAAGAAAAAAUAAAUGUGCAAUAUAUAAAUAUAAAUAAUAAUAUA